UUCCCUCCAGGUCUUUUUCCUUUUCUCGUGUCAUUCUCUGGAAGAGAGGAAAUGAUUGUAGUGGAAGGUGUUACAAAUAAGCCACUGAGACGGAGCCUUGGCAGUGCAGAAACGUUCCUGGAGGAGCAAAUAUAGCCCUUUGGUGUUUGUGUUUUGGAAUCUGCUUGGGAAAAAGGGAAAUAAAAAUGACGACUUCGUCUAUUAGACGACAGAUGAAGAACAUUGUGAACAAUUACUCAGAGGCCGAAAUAAAAGUUCGGGAAGCAACUUCUAAUGACCCCUGGGGGCCUUCCAGCUCCUUAAUGACUGAAAUAGCAGAUCUGACUUACAAUGUUGUGGCCUUUUCUGAAAUUAUGAGCAUGAUUUGGAAACGACUGAACGAUCACGGCAAGAACUGGCGCCACGUGUACAAGGCCCUCACUCUGUUAGAUUACCUGAUUAAAACUGGCUCUGAGAGAGUGGCACAGCAGUGUAAAGAGAAUAUUUUUGCUAUCCAGACAUUGAAAGAUUUUCAGUACAUUGACAGAGAUGGUAAAGACCAGGGCAUCAACGUGAGGGAGAAAUCCAAGCAGUUGGUGUCCCUUCUGAAGGAUGAUGAGCGACUCAAGACAGAGAGGGCCCAAGCCCUGAAGACCAAAGAACGAAUGGCUCAGGUGGCCACUGGAGUGGGAAGCAACCAGAUCACCUUUGGCAGAGGUUCCAGUCAGCCCAACCUGUCCACCAGCUACUCAGAGCAAGAAUAUGGCAAGUCUGGAGGAUCCCCAGCAUCUUACCAUGGCUCUACAUCCCCUCGGGUUUCCUCGGAGCUCGAGCAGGCACGGCCGCAGACGAGUGGGGAGGAGGAGCUCCAACUGCAGCUGGCGCUGGCCAUGAGUCGGGAGGUGGCGGAGCAGGAGGAACGCCUCAGACGUGGAGAUGAUCUGAGAUUACAGAUGGCUCUGGAGGAGAGUCGCAGAGACACAAUUAAAAUUCCCAAAAAGAAGGAGCAUACCACUUUGUUGGAUCUAAUGGAUGCCCUGCCCUCGUCGGCUCCAGCCCCACCGAAAACAGAGCCUUGGGGACCUCCUGCUGUUGCAAACCAAACUGAUCCCUGGGGAGGAUCCACAGUUGCAGCUCCUGCCUCUGACCCGUGGCAAUCAUUUGGUGCCAAACCAGCUGCUUCUGUUGACCCUUGGGCAGCACCAGCAGGAUCCACAGCUCAGCCUCUGUCCAAAAAUGUUGACCCUUGGGCUCCUGCUCAGCCAUCUUCUACUGCAGCAAAAUCUUCUGUGGAUCCUUGGGGACCAGCACCUGCAAACAAACCUCUUUCUACUUCUGGAAGUACAUCUUUUGACCUCUUCAGUAAUUUGAAUGGUACAGUUAAAGAUGAUUUUUCUGAAUUUGACACACUUCGAACUUCCAAAAAGCCAGCUGACUCAGGUUCCACUGUGCCAUCGCAGCAUAGCGGGACCACAAGUCCUGAUCUCUUUGAUUCUCAGCACUCAAAUAUGUCAUCAGGCAAACAAAGUGCAGCUCGGAAAACCCCAGAGUCCUUCUUGGGCCCCAAUGCUGCUCUGGUGAACUUGGAUUCUCUGGUGUCUAAGCCACCACAACCUGUUACUUCACUGAAUCCAUUCUUGGCACCAGGCGCCGCUACAGCACCGACUCCAAUCAACCCCUUCCAAGUGAAUCAGCCUCAGCCACUCACCCUAAACCAGAUGAGAGCGAGUCCCGUGAUGGGAACCAGCCCUUCCUUCAGUGCUGUGCCAGCGAUGAGCAUGGAGCCAAUACCUCUGUCUUCCAUGGCCCCUGUGCCCGUGGGAAUGGCACCAAUACCAGCUAUGGGCACUGUGGCCUCCAUAACCAGGAUGGGCCAAGGGCUGAGCAUUGCAGGAUCAAUGCCCCAACCUCUCCACAGUGUUUCCAGGCUGAAGUCUUUACAGCGGAACGAACGUGGCCUGUGUGGACUGAACGGUGUGUGA